UAUACAUGUAUAAUUUGUUUCAGACUUAUUAACAAAGCCAUGGAUUGACAUCACCAUGUUGAUUCAAUGUUAAGUAAUUUUGAAACUUUAACUUAAUGCAUUCAGAACAUUUUAUUUCUUUUGCACAACAGAUGCAAAAGUGCUGAUCUGCGACUUCCACCGGGAGCAAGCGUGGAGUCGGUGGCUAAAGAAAAGAGAAAACCAAGUCUCGGAUACAGACAGUGUUUUGAAACACCUGCAUUCUUUAGCCCCAGCAACAUCUGAAAUCAAGUCUGAAAUGGCAUUGGGGAAAUUGCAAGAAUCAGCAUUUUGGGGAAAUGUCAGAUUUUCUUCUUACAUGUCUAGGAUUUGGUUGCCAGUGAAAGAGCGAUGGGCUAGGUGCUACCGCGCUGAGCUCAACAUCAAUGUUCACACCAACAACGGAUUAGAGAGGUUACACCAGUCCUUCAAGCGCUCUUACCUCAAGGGAAAGACUCAGACCACACUGUCCCGGACUGUUAAUUCCCUCAUAGAACAGUUCUUUCCGGAUAAGUAUCGCAGUUACGUUGCAGAGAAUCAGGCUAUGAUUGGCACCUUCAGUCGUAUUAACCCGGACAUUCCAGAUUUUCUGCACAAACGGCCUACACAUGUCAUUAAGACGUGUUUUGAGAUGAUGGAGAUGUCCAAGGAAAUACCAGAGACUGAUAUCGUGAGGAAUGAUGAGGGCUACUUCUCUGUAGGAAAACACAGUGUCUUCCUCGGUGACACGAAACAGUUUGCAAAGUGUUCAUGUUUUGCCUGGGGGAAAAAUAUGUUGCCAUGCAAACAUAUGUUUUCUAUAUUGAGAUCCGGCGAUUCGUACAACUGGGAUGCUUUAGGCUCAAGCGUCCGAGAAUCACCCUUUUUGAAUGUCGAUUACGCAAAUGCAGGCAAUAGAAUGUGUCCGCUUCUAUACCAAAGAAACAUUUCUGGAGAAAAUUGA